GGUGCUGCGGCAGACGAUGCACAGGCUAGUGCGCAAGAGACACGUUGCGACGCCGCAGCUGAGGGGAGAGCAGAAAAGGAAACCAGUCGCGGAAGCGGAAGGGGACGCUUGCCUCCAACUCCAGCCGCUUCAGGAGCGGAGCAAUCUGGUGCUGGAAGGAGGGGCCUGGAAUCUUGCAAUGCAGACGUAUAAUCAGAAUAGCAAAUAUGGGGAACUCACCCGCAAUCUCCGAGAAACCCAGCUUGGAGGGGUGAUCUUUGGUUGCAAGUAUGACACGAUUGAUGAAUGCUUCAAAAAACAGCUGUUUGGUCUGCCUUCAAUCCAUUAUUCUUAUGUGAGGAAUGUCAAACCGGGGAUGCCUUUAUUUCUAUUCAACUAUAGUGACAGAAAGCUCCAUGGAAUUUUCGAGGCUGCAAGUCCUGGUCAGAUGUACAUUGACCCAUAUGCUUGGAGUAAUGAUGGCUCUUUAAGGACAACCUUUCCAGCACAGGUUCGCAUUUGCACAAAGACUCAGUAUCCACCCCUCCUGGAGAGCCAAUUCAAAACAUUGCUUGGUGACAACUAUUAUAACCAUCACCACUUCUAUUUUGAGCUUGACCAUGCACAGACAAGAGCAUUAAUUUCUUUGUUCAAAUCACUUGCUCCUUCUAAUCUCAAUCAAGUUCCAGCUGUUUCAAGCAAAAGGAAUCUUGCAGUAUCACCAUUACCAACUAAAAUGAAGCUACCAGCUGUUCCUGACCCAAAGAAAGUCACAGAAAAUCCUAAGGAAACCAAUCCAUUUAGUGUUUUAUCAAAUAGUGCUUCUCCAUUCAACUGGGCUGAUGAUGUGGACAGUGCUAGUAGCACUGAUGAGAAGAAAUCUGAGGGCCUACUUUCUGAUUGUGAUGAUUUGGAUGACAAUCAUCUUCAAGACCAAUUUGUUCCUCAUUCAAAUCCAGAUGACGCCAGUCAGAAUUCCUCAGGCAAAACUGUUGACCAGGGAGUGGAGCUUUUGAAUUCACUAAAUGAUCAAAAUGGUGCUGUGAAUGUUGAUGAAAUAGAGAGUGAGGUUCACAAUAGUCCAGGUGGCGUUGGGCUACAGCCUGAAAGACAGACUAUCCUGGAAAAGUUGAAAGAAUUAUCUUUUCAUCGACAGCAGGUGGCAAUAUCUUCUCAGGAUUGUGUUGAUUCCAGUUCAGAUCAAUGUGUACCUGAUGAAACACAGAUCAAUGAAAACCUUUCCUGUGACCCAUUUGAUGCUGCAAUGGAAGAUAAAACCUCAUCUGAUGAGUUCCGUGGAAAUGAUGAGCUGCUGCAAAUAAUCACUGCUUUAACCAAGAGGACUGAAGCAUUGGAGAAGAAGCUGAUUGGGUCAGACCAAGAAAUACUUUCAUUGAGGGAAGUGGUUAAAGACUCAGGAAGAAAAGUUCAGCAACUGGAAUACCUUGUAGAUGAGUUACAAUUCAAAUUUGACUCUUCUCUGUCUCAUCUUGGAAGCAUGUGCAAUACUCUAGCAAAGCCAUCAAUAUUCCUGAUUGGUGGUUAUAAUGGCGUGACCUGGUUAUCAUCUCUUGAAUCUUUUUCUCCUGAGAAAGAGACACUGGUGGGUCUAACACCAAUGAGUUCUCCACGCUCAUAUGCAUCUGCUGCUGCUUUGGAUGGUCACAUAUUUGCUUUUGGUGGUGGAGAUGGCAUGUCAUGGUACAACACAGUGGAAUGCUAUAGUUCAAGGAAUAAUGAGUGGACGGAAUGCCCCUCCUUGAACCGGAAGAAAGGAAGUCUUGCUGGAAUAUGUCUUAAUGAGAAGAUAUAUGCUAUUGGUGGAGGAGAUGGAAAUGAAACUUAUUCAGAAGUUGAGAUGUUUGAUCCAUAUCUUGGGAAAUGGAUAUGUAGUCCAUCUAUGCUACUCUCGCGAUUUGCUCUUGCUGCGACUGAACUGAAUGGAGUCAUCUAUACAACUGGUGGCUAUGAUGGAAGCGUGUAUUUGGAAUCAGCAGAAAUGUAUGAUCCGAGGGAGGGCUUCUGGGUCCGGCUUCCAAGUAUGAGUACUAGGAGAGGAUGCCAUGCCUUAACUGUCCUAGGAGACGCCUUAUAUGCUAUCGGAGGAUAUGACGGGGACAAAAUGGUUGCUAGUAUUGAGAUCUUCGAGCCUCGUCUCAACACCUGGAGGACGGGCGAUCCCAUGAACAUCCCAAGAGGAUAUGCUGGUGCCGUUAAUCUUGAUGAUAACUUGUUCCUAAUUGGUGGCAUGCAGUCCAAUGUGCAGAUCCUGGAUACUGUGGAAAUUUACAAUGUGAGCUCUGGCUGGUCAGUCCUUGGUUUCGAGUCAAUUGGAAAGAGGUCCUUCGCAUCUGCUGUCGUCCUCUAAUUGCUAGUCACUUAGUAAGGAGUUUAGGGUUCGUAUCAUCGAAUUUUUAACAUCACAUCCAUUACAAGGACUGGUUGGCGUAACUUGGGGGUAAACUACCCUUCUGAAGCGUUCUGGUUAUGAACAGCGAGAAUUAGCAUGGUAGGAGGAUGAUUGACGGGGUGGUCCAAUGUAUAUAUAACCUUUACGCUCUCCUUUACAGACUAGAAACUAUACAUUCACUGGUGCAUGUGGAUGUACCCUUUUGCCUAAUAGGAAUACCCAAACUCAAGGGAGCAGAAUGCUAAAGAAUCUUUUCUGCCAAUUUCA